AUGAAAGUUCAAACCGGCGACUCAGCGAAAGACCUCAACACCAUGAAGGAAAUCAUGACACUUCAACAGUACAAGGAACAAAAAGAGUAUCAAGAUGUCAAUGAAGAAAAUGAAUGCAAGGAAAACGCCAGCAAUGAAAGUUUGGAGGAGUCCAAAAAAUGUUUGAAAAAAGCGCUGACAUGGGAGGAAUGCUGCCUCAACUGGAAGAAUUGCUGUUUGAAUCCGGACAACUGCUGCGUGGUCAAAGUGAUCAAGAAAUUGAAAAAUUAA